UUCGUCGAAGGGAUUUGGAUCAUAGCGACCUGCCAUGAGGCUGGCAGUAGAGAAAUGAUGUGGAGCAGAUAGGAGAGAAGCAAGGGGGAUGAGAAGAGCAAGAGCGAAGGUUGAGGAAGAAGAGGCCAGAGAAGAAAAAUAGAAAGUGGAGAGCUCAGCGUUGAUCAUAUGAAUUUCAUAGAAGAGUACUAAGGUCGAACAUCUUCCACGAGCGACCGCGGUCGGUCCCACUGUGACCCUAAGAGUUGUAGGAGCUUCGCAGUUGGACGAGGAGGGCACUCUCAUUUCAGAAAAACAAAAUAUUAACGUCAGGGUGAAGCUGGUGUAUGCGCAACGCCACUCAAUGCUCUCACACACUUCCCGCGCUGUAAGUCUGUUGCUUCCUUACCGCACUAAAACACAAAAACCUAUUUCUGGCGUAUCUUCUUCCGCCUUUCUCUCUGCACCUACAAUUCCAUGGCCGCCCCCAAAAUAGAACAAUGACGACCGGACCAUUACCCACCGGCACCGCAUUUUUCCGCCCCUAAAUCCCUACCGUCCCUCCACCGGCCGCCGCCGCCGCCGCCUCCCCUCCGUUUCCUCCGACAACGAGAUUGACUGGCCCUUCGGUGCCCGCGUCGACGCGCUGAGCCGCGCCGAGCUCCGGGAGACUGCCUAUGAGAUCUUCUUCAUGUCCUGCCGCUGUUCCCCUGGCGGCGGCAGCGGAAGCAGGGGAAGCGUUACAAUCAUCAGUAGCGGCGGAGAGAUGGUGGAGGUCUCAUCGUCCCCACUUCCGCCGGCGGUGGCCGGAUCCAAAGGCGGUAAGGGGAUGAUGGUGGUGACGAGCAGAGUAAAGAAAACCCUAGGGCUGAAGACACGCCGCCCACCUCCUAUGCGGACGAUGAAUCCAACGGGGUUGACAUCGGUGGCGAUCGGAAAACCUUCGGCGGUACUAAAUUCCCCCUGCAGAAACCCUGUGCCCAGCUCUCCCAGCAGGAUCAAACGGCCGAUGACCUCCGCCGAGCUUUUGCGGUGGCAGCUUCGCAUUACUGAUCAGAGCGAGACCCGACUGAGAAAAACCCUAAUGAGAAGCUUCGUCGCACAGAAUGGAAGAAGAGCAGAGACCAUCAUCCUCCCCCUCGAACUGCUCCGUCACCUGAAACCCUCAGAAUUCAACGACGGCCAAGAUUACCACCAAUGGCAACGACGCCAGAUAAAGAUUCUCGAACUCGGCCUCCUCCUCCAUCCCUUCCUCCCCCUCGACCGCCUCAACGCCGCCGCUCUCCGAUUCCGCGAAAUACACCGUCAGAGCGAAGCUAAGCCCAUCGACACCAGCAAGAACUCCGAAACCUUGCGCACUCUCAGCAGCGCCGUCACUGCUCUUGCCUGGCGCAGCUCCAGCUCCUCUGCCACCGGCGAAACCUGCCAUUGGGCCGACGGAUUCCCCCUCAAUGUCCAUCUCUACCUCUCCCUCCUCCAAUCCAUAUUUGACGUGCGAGAAGAGACCGUCGUCCUUGAUGAAAUCGAUGAGCUCCUGGAACUGAUGAAGAAGACAUGGCCAACCCUAGGCAUCAACAGAACGAUUCAUAACCUCUGCUUCACCUGGAUUCUAUUCCAGCAAUACGUUACCACCGGCCAAGUAGAACCGGAUCUGAUCAAAGCGUCGCUCAAUAUGCUUGUACAUGUAGCCAAUGACGCCAAGAUGGCCACGGAGCGCGAGCUGAGCUACAUCAAGGUUCUCUUCGGCGUGCUUGCAUCGAUGCAGGGGUGGGCAGAGAAGCGGAUGUUAGACUACCAUGAAAACUUCGACAAGGCGACAACUGGAAACAUGGAAACCAUCCUUUCUCUAGCGCUCUCCACCACCAAAAUCAUCGUCGAAGAUCUCCCCGGCAUGGACACCACGCCGGGGCUUGUGAAACCGGAAACUGCCGCCGGUGGUGGCUCUGCAGCCAGCAGAGUGGAGUACUAUAUUCAUAAAUCUCUACGCAAUGCCUUCACUAGAUUGUUCGAAACAGGGCACGGGAAUGUCGAUAGCAUGAUCGUGGAGGUGGACGAAGAUCCCGGCGAAAUUAUACUCCAGCUUGCGAAAGACGCAGAGACUCUCGCGGCGAAGGAGAAGGAAGUAUUCAGUCCGGUGCUGCGGCAAUGGUGCCCGGCGGCGGCAGGGUUGGCGAUAGUGACGAUUUAUAACUGUUUUGGUAUCGUGCUGAAGCAGUAUUUGGCUAAGGCGAAUAGUCUAACUGAUGAGCUUGUGCGUGUGCUGCACUGCGCAGGGAGGUUGGAGAAGAUGCUUGCUCAGAUGGUGGCGGAUGAUGCCGGGGAUAAGGACGACGGCGGCCGGAAUUUGGUUGGUGAGAUGGUGCCUUAUGAGGUUGACGCCAUUGCUGUUGCUCUUCUCAAGGCUUGGAUGGAGGAGAGGCUGAGAAUUGGGAGGGAGUCUCUCAACCGUGCUAAGGAGAUUGAGAAUUGGAUGCCCAGGUCCAAGAAAGAGCCAUUCGCACAAUCAGCGGUGGAUCUGAUAAAGCUGGCGAAGGUAACGGUGGACGAAUUCUUUGAGAUCCCGGUGACGGCGAGGGAUGAUAUGGUACAAGACCUGGCAGACGGGCUGGAAGCCAUCUUCCAGGAGUACACUCAUUUUGUGGCCUCUUGCGGCACUCGACAAAGCUACCUGCCGCAACUGCCCCCAUUGACGCGCUGCAAUCAAGACUCCCGUCUCGCAAAGCUAUGGAAGAAGGCCAAACCAUGUACAUCCACCGCCAAACCAUGUACACCCGGCACAGAUAAUGACCCGCUCUUCAUCGGCCGUGCAGUCCCGACUCCAGUCGCAGCGGGCGGCACACCGGCCGGAGAAACCCACCAUCCCCGCACAUCAACCAGCCGCGGCACCCAGCGACUCUACAUUCGGAUCAACACCCUCCAUUACCUCCACUCCCACAUCCAUUCCCUCGACAAAUCCCUAACCUUCUUCUCACGCGGCAGCAGCUCCGCCCAUCACCACCAACUACACCACAACCGCCGCCUCACUCCCGCCGCCCACUUCGACCUAAUCCGCGCCUCAAUUCAGUCUGCAAUACUCCACGUCUCCGAAAUCGCCGCCUACCGCCUCAUCUUCCUCGAUUCCGCUCACUCCUACCACAGCCUCUAUGUCGGCGAUGUCGCCGGUUCGAGAAUCCGGCCGUGUUUGAGGAUUCUGAAGCAGAAUCUGAAUACGCUGCUCACGAUAUUGACCGAUCGAGCGCAGCCGGUGGCGGUGAGGGAGGUAAUGCGGGCCUCAUUCGAGAUGUUCUUGAUGGUGAUUUUAGCCGGAGGGACGGAGAGGGUUUUUGUUAGGACGGAUUACGAGGUGGUGUUGGAGGAUUUCAGGAACAUGAAGAGGGUUUUCUGUGCCUCCGGGGAGGGAUUGGUGGCGGAGGAGGUGGUGGAUAGGGAGGCGGAGGUUGUAGAAGGUGUAAUUGGACUUAUGAGCUUGCCGACGGAACGGCUUAUUGAGGAGUUCACAGCAGCCGCGCGUGAGACGAGUGUCGCCGUAGCGAUGGCGGAAGGGCGGAGGAUUCCGAUGCCGGCGACCGCCGGGAGGUGGAGCCGAUCGGAUCCUAAUACUGUGCUUCGAGUUCUCUGCCAUCGGAACGAUGACACGGCGAACUAUUUCUUGAAGAAGGCUUUCCAGCUGCCGAAGAGGAGAUGAGCAACGAAU